GGUAUAUUAAAUGAGUCAGUGAGUUAAAAAGGAAAACCCAGCAUGUAAUCAAUAUUAUUUAAAAAAAAAUGAUUAGGUUAGUUUAUUUGGGCGUCGUUUCAAGUUUUUUAGUGUUCAAUGUUGCUAGUGGUCAAGAAAGUGAGGCUCAACUCGAAGAGAGACUAGGUAAGCUCACUGAACAAAUAGUGUCAUAUCAAAGAUGUCGAAUAGAUAGCGAUUGCAGAGAAAACUCAUUUUGUUUCGAUAAUGAUAAUAACAGAAUCGGACUUUGCAAAUGUCAAGCUGGCUAUGAAUUACUACUUAGAAAUAGGACCUAUUAUACUUGUUUAAAAUUCGCAGCAUAUGGUGAAAAUUGCCAAAUUAGCGAACAAUGCAUAGAAACUCUGGGAUCUAUGGCAAAAUGCGACAGAGUGUGUGGAUGCGCUGAAGGAACGCAAAGGUAUCCAUGGGAUGGCCGCUGUCAUGGUAUUACAUUACUUGAUGACUUCUGUAGAACAGACGCCAAUUGUGUUCUUGAAGACGGUUCAUAUGCCUACUGUACAGAUGGCCAAUGCACAUGCAACAUUGGUCUAACACCAUCUUUGGACAAAAAACAUUGUAUAAUUGUCAGAAAUUUGGCUGAAAAUUGUACAAACGAUGAACAAUGUUCUUUUAUAGGAAAUAGUGUUUGUAGAGAGGUGUGCAGGUGUAGUGUAGGGUUUGUGGUGAAUAGGAAUAGAACUGCGUGUUUAAAAGCUGCAACUUAUUUUUUUGAUUCUUGCGAAGAAAACGCUCAAUGCUCAGAGUUUCUCACAGAUAGCAUAUGUAAUAAUGGUAACUGCACAUGUCAAAAUGAUUAUCACGGGUAUGAAACUAAAUGUGUUAAAUCUGCAAGAAUUGGACAAGCUUGCACAGAUACUGCGCAAUGUAUUCCCAGUCCUCAAUUCCAAACUAUAGCCGACUGCAUAGAAGGCGUCUGUCAGUGUCAUCCAGGAGUCCAUGACGAUAGAAUAGGCUGCAAUCACGGCAUCAAAAAUAGUGUUAAAAUAUUUAUAUUAGUUUUUUGUAUUUAUAAUUUAUUAUUUUUGUAGUUAAGUAUUUACUUUGACUGAAUAACUGUUUUGUGCAACAUGAGCUUUUUUAUAAAUAUAUGUGGUUAAAACAAAUGAAACUAAUAGUUAUUUAUGAUAUAAGUGUUAAAAGCACAUUUUUAAGGCACGCAUGUGAAAGUUUGCAGAAUGAGCGAAGCGAAUUCUGCAAUUCACAUAAGUGCCUUUAAAAAUACUUUUAACACAAAUAUCAUAUACAAUAUUUUUUCUACAAACGGCAAUAAAAACCAAUAACCACUAACAAAUUGGAUUUUUAAAUGAAUAAUAAAUUGGAAGCAUCUUUCCUACAUAAAAUUCUUGAAUUUGACAUUUGUCAAAAAAUCCAUACAACUAGCACCUUGUUUUACAGGUAACGAAAUGUUUUGUCAGUUUCUUGAAAGUCUGUCGUGGUCAGAUACAGAAGAAACAUAGGGUUGCAUCGAUCCUUCGAAAAAUAUAGAUGAGGCGGCCAAUCGGGCUACCUCAGUUGUUCAAAUUUCACCAUUAAUAUCAAUGUAAAUAACUGAAAAUACAAACUUGUUUUGACGUCCGCUCUCAAAAUUUGAUGUUUCACUUUUAACACUAGUGCUAUAAAGACUUUAUGGCACUAGUGCGAUAAAGUAACAUUUUUAAUGCUUCGGGGCCGAGUUAAAAAUUGCAUUUUUAACACGUUUGUAGAAAAAAUAAUUUAUCUGUAAUACUGGUGAAACAACAUAUUUUAUUAAAAAACAUAAUAAACUUCUUAUUCUUAUAACAACUAACAUAUCAAUUAAGUACAUGUUUCACAACUUUGGUAGUCAGAAAAAAACGUUCAGGUGACAUUUACAAAUAACAGAAAAAAUAAAUAAAUACAGUGCACGCAAUCAACAUCAAAUUAAAAGUAAAUUAGCUGCAAAAAAACAAAUUUUCAAUAUAAUGCUAUCACAUGCACUUUAAAGUUUUUAAUACAUUAUGCUAUAAAUAUGGCAUCUAACUUCCAACUCACAAUAAUAUAAUAUGUACAUUUUUAUAUACAUACAUAACUAAAUAAAUUUGAUGAGCUUUGCUCGAGUGAAAAAAUUUGCUACAAGAAUCUUCCAAGUUCUGGAAGCAAAAUAGAUUUAACAAGUGUAGUAGUGAGUGACUAUUGUGUGUUUCUUGUGAGUAGGUAUUUGAUAUUUUAUCCUUUUAGGUGUUGAAGUACAAACUGGUCCAAAAUAUUGUUAGUACUGCCAACAUGAUUGGUUGAUUCUGAUAGAAACUGGAUGCAGAAUCUGAAAAGAGAGAAAAAGACAUCAUAUAAUAAUAAAUAAAACUCAUGAAAAGGGGGUGUAAGUACCUAAGUUUCAGAAUAAGUAUAAAGAGCGAGAAUACACGUUUAGAGUUUGUGCUGGACUCUGGAUUUAAGGCUCAACUAUGAGUAUUUUUUAUUGUACUGUGAAUCAAGCAUUAUGUAAGCAAAGAUGAAGUGUGCACCACAAAUGAUUACACAAACAUUGUUGAUUUUUAUGUAUGCGGGUUUGUAGAUAAGUGAAACUACUCUUCCAAAACUAACUUUAUUUAACCACAAUCAAGCUUAACUAGUCACAAAACUAAAUCCCACGUCACAAAACUAAAUGCCAGAUUUUCCUUCGAAUUCUUCGCGGACAUUUGCUAUUUCUUUUCGCCUUAACUUUCUCCCUGACAGUUCCCAUUUUUUCUUUGACGAUUCCUAUGUUACAUUUGACUUCUUAGAUCAUUUCUAUUUUGCCUUGGACUCCUUGCCGUAUAUCCUGGAACAAUCCCGGCGAUCCUAUCAAUAUCUUGCUAUCAAGGUUCCCGUUCUUCCUGCAUGUCUUUCAGGCGUAUGUUUUCUUGUUUUAGCAAAAUAGGUAGUCUUCUUGUUCUUGCAAAAUGUUCUGGAGUCUCCCUAAAUCACAACUCACCUUCUUACUAUUGACUCACGUCCGGACAUGAAAUACUACUGAAAUCCCACGCAAUCCUAUUGAAAUCCCACGGUCUCCU